UAGUACUGCAAUCUGUUUGCAUAGGCUCCAUCACUGCCCUGGCUGCAAACCACUGGUCAUCUGCGGUAACGACUCAGUUUCACCCGUUCCACUGCUGCGACGCGCACAGCGCUGACCAGCGCGACGCCUGUAAGACGUCCUUUUGACUUCAUAUUUAGUCAUCUGGGCGGCGACUUGGCUGACCAGGCGUUGCCGGCGCCAGGGAACUCACCCGUGGCGGUGUGUCACCAACCGGUACUCGGUGGCCUGUUCGCCAGGUCUCGGAAGCAGUGCUUGCAGUUCACGCCUAGCUACCCCAUCAAAUCAAUUUUGAUUUGAUCAGAAGGCUGCUGGAGCGCGUGGCUGCUUGCAACAUGGAGAUGGCUUUGGAGUGGGCAGGGUCCUCAGCCGUACAGGCCCACGCAGUGCUGGCCCUGUCCGGCCUCACCAGCCUCUACAUCACCAUCGCCCGACCAACCAUUAGGUUGGCAGCGGAUGGCAGCCACACGUGCCCGCCGGCGUCGCUGUGGGAGGCGGGCACGUCGCCCGCGCUGUCUUCGGUGGCCAUGUGUGUGUUCCGGUUCGUGAUGGCAGUCUACAUCUUCGGGAUGGGUGGCAUGCAGUUCCAACGCAUGGGUGCCUACGUCUUCAAGUUUUACACCAUAUGGAAUUGGUGGCUGCUGGGCAUCUACUUCACCCUGGCCGCCACCGCCUCCGCCCUGUGCGCGCUGGCCGAGACACGUUCCGCUCGGGCGCGUGCAGCCACCGCCAAGCCCACCGUUACAGCGGCUGCUGAGGUAGACAACAGCAAUGGCUCAGCAGCGUUAGACGCAAGUCGAAGCGCUGUUGGUAACGUGGCCAAAUCGGCCCCGGAGACUCCUAAGUCGCUGCAGCGCGCGACGUUGCUGUCACGCACCUGCCACGCGCUCUUCAUGAUUAACAGCAGCACGGUGAUCAUCGUGGACUGCGUCUGCUGGGGCCUGCUGUAUCCCAUGCUGGCGCGGGGGCCACAGACGCCCGAGACGCAGCGCAUAAUCAGGCGGUUGCUACUGACCUUCACCAGCUACAACCAACACGGCCUCAACGCCCUGUACAUCUUCACCGACCUGUUCCUGAACCGCCACCGCCUGGCCUUCCACGCCACGGGGCCGCUGGGGCUGUGGAGCAUGGCCUACGCGGUCUGGGCGCACGUAUGGCACGCCAAGUCUGGGAAGUGGCUGUACCCGUUCUUGGACACGUCCAAGCCCUGGGCACCCAUGGCCUACUUUGGCCUGUACAUGGUGCACUGGGGGGCGUUCGGACUGGUGGCGCUGCUGUACCGGGCGAAGGCCCGCCUGUACAGCAGCAACGGCAAACCUCUGGCGGCGGCGGCGGCCGAUGCUGCGCGGGGAAAGGGGAAGACGGACUAGGCGCUUAAUGCAGGCGUCUGAGCAGCUGGUGCCUUGGUGCAAUGGCAUGCAGGGCACUGGGCGGCUGGGCCAGGCGCCAUGCAUGGCCGGUAUGGACGAAAGGCGAGCUAGCUCCUUGGCAUCGUGCGCCGCCGCAGCGUUACAGCGUUGCACUGGUGCGCCCAGUUGUGUUUGGCUUGUUGAUUACAUGGAAAGGAUGCGAGCAGAUCGUUGGUCCGGGUCAAGGGCCAUGCGUUCAACUGUGUCUGGCAUACAGAUGAUGGUGCUCAUGAGCACUGGACGAGGCAUAGUGCAGACUCGCGGCGGGGCCCAGGCGUGCCCCAAACGCAUGAUGAACGUGCCAGUUGUAGCCAAUUGUGCGAUUGGCUUCACAAUCGCGCCAAGCCUUGACUCUUGGGAGCUACGCUCUCAACCGUCUGGGCUGCCGGCUUCUGAUGGAGCGGGGCCCUCCCGCCUCCAUGGCCUGGUGGGAGCUGCUGCGGGCAAUCCCGGCGAAAUCCCCGCUUUAAAUCGCAAGCGCA